AACUUGAGAGCCCGUAUCCAAAGCUGAAUUCCAAAGAAGAUUUAGUGAUUUUUUUCCCCCCAAGUAUGUCAAUAGAAAAACGAAAGAAAAUCAUUGUAUCCUAAAUGUUUUAAUAUCAUUUAAUUUAAAUAAUUUCGGACACCCCCAAGCUCUGGUUGCAUAGCACCGCGAGGAGGUGUAGGAGUGGCAUGUUUGCUAAACCAGCUACUAUACCUAGUUAGCAGAGGUCUGAAAUUGUCGCAGCAAUUUUGCUUGUGCCUCAAACACUCACUGGCAGCAGAGAACUGGAAGGAAAGGCGACCAAAGGAGGUGUUGGCUUUGGGGAUGACCAGUGAGAUAUACAUGCUGGAACGUGUACUAGGUGUGCCAUCCAAACCACUCCAUGUGACCUUUAACAGUCCUGCUGAGUAGGAGAAAUGAGGACCAUUUGUGAGUGAGAAAUUGGUGUGUAUCAGUGAUGUGCCAUGGGGUACGACGUCACCAGGUUCCAAGGGGAGGUGGAUGAAGACCUGCUGUGUCCCAUCUGCAGCAUGGUACUGGAGGAGCCAGUCCAGGCCCCACACUGUGAGCAUGCCUUCUGCAACGCCUGCAUCACCCAGUGGUUCAACCAGCAGCAGAUCUGUCCUGUGGACCGCAGCGUGGUGACACUGGCUCACCUCCGGCCCGUGCCCCGCAUCAUGCGCAACAUGCUCUCCAAACUCCAAAUCGCUUGUGACAACGCUGGCUUCGGCUGCACAGCCACACUGCGGCUAGAUCAACUGCAGUCUCACCUGAAGGACUGCGAGCACAACCCCAAAAGACCUGUCAACUGUGAGGAGGGCUGUGGGCUGGAGAUGCCGAAAGAUGAGAUGUGCAACCACAACUGCAUCAAGCACUUACGUGGUGUGGUACAGCAGCAGCAGACCAAGAUCUCUGAACUAGAGAAGAAUGCUGCAGAGCACAAACACCAGCUGGGGGAACAAAAACGGGACAUCCAGCUGCUAAAAGCAAACAUGAGAGCAAUACGCAGUGCAAACCCCAACAUGCAGAACCUGGAGGAGAGCAUUGAGUACAACGAGAUCCUGGAAUGGGUCAGCUCCCUCCAACCUGUGAGGGUGACGCGCUGGGGCGGGAUGAUCUCCACGCCAGAUGCAGUUCUCCAGGCGGUCAUCAAGCGUUCACUCAUCGACAGCGGCUGUCCUCUGUCCAUCAUUAACGACCUGAUUGAGAAUGCCCACGAAAGGAACUGGCCGCAGGGCCUGGCCACACUGGAGACGCGGCAGAUGAACCGGCGCUACUAUGAAAACUACGUGGCCAAGAGGAUCCCUGGGAAACAGGCGGUGGUGGUGAUGGCCUGUGAGAACCAACACAUGGGAGAGGAGAUGAUCCUAGAGCCUGGCCUGGUCAUGAUCUUUGCCCAUGGAGUGGAGGAGAUCUUAUAAUAACCCAACACUAGGAGCAGGGGGGGUCUAGCAUGGCAGAGAGGAGUGCAAACCGGACAUUUUGAGUCGUGAGUUAUUACUCCUCUC